AUGAUUGCUUAUGGUGAUUUGAAAACGGGCGAUGUGGUGUGGGCACCGUACAGACGCUUUCCUGAAUGGCCUGCACUGGUUCGCUGCGUUUAUCCAAAGAAAGUUACGUUCACGUUCUUACCAAUAAGCGAGGACCCAAAUGCGAAAUCAUCAGUGUUCAACUGCCCGCCACACAAACUUCGCCUCCUCACCGGCAGCGAACCGUUGCCGGCUGGUGCAAAAAAGGAUAUGAGAGAUGCAUACAAAGCAGCACUUGAAAUACUGAAAAAGAACGGCCUGCUAAGAGAAGAGCGUCAGCUGUCAGAAGAAUUGCCACUUCUGAAAGCGAGCGAAAUCAACAAGCAGAGUGUACUGGGCGAAUUGUUCGAGAAAACCAAGAAGGGUAGUGACGUGGCGAGUAACGGCGACACAGCAAGCAGCGGAGGCGCAUCUCACGUCUGGAACGUUGGUGAGGUUGCGUGGCUGAACACGCCCAAUCAUUCCGAAUGGCCAGUUGUCAUUCGUGAGCUGAAGAAGAAAUUUGCAAUGGUAGACGCGUUUCCACUGAAGCUGAAUUGCAAGCCGGAGCGCUACCCGUUAAGCGCAUGUCACAGAUUCGAUCUUAGUGGCAAAAACCUCGAAGCCGCGAUCAAAAGGGAGCGGAAUUAUGAAUUACGACUGGCACUGCAAAGUGUGCUGAAGUAUUUCAAACGGCGAGAAAAAGUAAGCAAUGUGGAGGAAUCGGACACAGAAGAGGACUAUGGUGAUUCGAAGGUUGAAGUUGCAAGUGAUGGCGACAGACAGCUGGCAAAAACCAGGGGCUUGGGUGGACUGGAAGAGGAAUUAGAAUCGGGUGAUGAGGACGAUGAUGUUGACCUGCUUACUACAUUGAAAAAAGGCGAAGGAAAACGCCGAGGGAAACGGCGUUUGGAGAAAUCGUCAUCGCCUGAAUUCAAAAAGAAACAAAAAUUUUCGGAGGUUGUGAAGGACUUGGAAACAGAGAUAAAUGAAAAGUUGGACAGUCUUGGCAAGGGCGAUCUGGCUUGGAUUAAUCGAGCUCGCAGCGGUCGCAUUGUCAAAUGGCCUGUUGUUGUAUGUUUUUUUCUUGUUUUCUUAGCACCGUUUCGAUCACGUACGUCAGGACAAAAAGCUGGGCUUGACGUAUGA